AUGUCAAACAGCACAGUCAUACCGCCUAUUAACCUCAUACAAGAAAAUGGCUAUACUGAGGUGCCAAGAACACCGCUGGUCAUAAUUCUAGCGUUUCUGUCAUUUAGCACUGUCCUCGGGAACUGCGUGAUAUGUUUUGCCAUCUACAAUCAUCCUGCCUUGCGUCAUGUGACCUACUUGUCAAUUUUCAGCCUGGCGAUCGCGGACUCUUUAGCAGGUCUGGUUGCCAUGCCAAGCUACAUCUUGAAAAAGUUUACAUGGGAUGAACCAACGCAGACAAUUGUAUGCGAUAUUUUUCGUUCUUCGUAUUUCCUGACGGGUUACGCUUCCAUUCUAAGUUUAUCAGUCAUCAGCGUGGAGCGCCUUAUUGCAGUGAGAAAUCCGCUGAACCACGUAAUUAUUGUCUCACGUCGUCGAGUAGUGCUGGCACUGGUCUUUGCAUGGGUGGACGCCCUUCUGGUUUCGUCACUUCCUUUCUUCCCAUGGGAACCAAACAAUCCGUAUAAGGAAUGCAGCUACAGUCCGACUCGCUGGUGGAGCAUUAUGGUCAUCAUAUCCAAUGUAAUUACUCCAUUUCUUGUCAUUGUGAUUUGCUACAGUCUCAUGUAUCUAACAGCCCAAUCCCAUGUCAAAAAAAUGUCAAAGAACAGUAGGCAGCUAUCCCACAACAGUAAAAAUUCCGCCAAGAAUCACAAAGAACGCCGAGCUAACAUUACCAUCAUGAUUGUGAUUGGCGUCUUUGUGGUGUGCUGGUUUCCAUCCUGUUUCUAUUAUUUCCUUCAGAAAACCUGUCCGCAAUGCUUCUCUGAAGCAUUCAAAGCCAAACAGAGUCUUGUCAAUGCUUUAGUGAAGGUUCUGACUUUCACUUCGUCCUUUUUGAAUCCUAUAAUUUAUUGCUGGAGAAGUCGCGAGUUUAGAAGCGUAUUUCUGAAAAUUUGCCGCCGAAAGAAGCGCAGCUUUUCUAAUUCAUUUUCCAGUUAUUUUAACAUUCGCAUUUCACGACGGAACAGUAAUGAUCAAACAAGGCCUCGACGUUCUACAGCAGAAGAAGUUGUUAUUAACAAAGAAACUCUAGAAUUACUAGUAAACAGUAAAUCAAGUAGUGUGUAAAACGUUUUACUUAAAAAAAAAAGUUUUACCUGUUGAUCACGGUCUGCGGUUGCCCCUAACAUUUGUAUCAAGCCAGAAACUUUAGAAGCUACUCAUUAACAAACAGAUGCCAUGUUACUGUGCCUCUGUUUAGUAAUAGAUCAUUGAUGAGAAGUUAGAGAAGUUAUUAAUACUUGAAGAUAGAUAGAGAAUGUAAUAGAUGGUGCGCGUGGAUAUGGAAUUUCUCUUCGAGUGUUUUACUCGAUAGCUCACGAGAGAGCGCAGCGAACGAGUGAGGUGUUGAGUUGAACACGAGAAGAGAAAUUUCACAUCUACAAGCAACCAUGUAUUAUUUUUUUCAUCAUAUAAACACAAUAGCCCUUUACUGACAAGAAAAGACCAACCUUGUGAAUGAAUGAAAAUAAAAGGAUCAACAAUCCUUGAAUAACAACCGAACAGUGCGUUGGUGCUAAGGCUCAAAUGAAAAAUGCGUUGAAACGCUACAAAAACAAACAAUGGACGUAAUUUUCAAUAUAAAAAAAUUCUCAGUUAUUGACUUAAUCCUUACCAAAGCCACUGAAUACGUAACUUUCGGUUUUUCUUUCCGUAUUUUGGUGUUCUUCCCCAUCUAGGAAAGUUUGAACUGUCACUGAACACACAUGUAAAAAUACGAAAUUUUUCCACGUGUGUUAUUACGGCUUUUCUCAGGGCCGGAAAUCCUUGUAUAAUACCGUAGUAUCUAUGAUAAAAUUCUUUUCCACGCCGGCAGCCAUGUAAUAUCCUCUGCACCAAAAAGAUGAAAAAGAAAUAGAAUCCUUAAAAAGAAUUUAAUUAGUACAUUAAAGCUGGACAAAAGUUGACGAGGGGAACGAAAGUAAUUCCAGACUUACCCUGUGGAACCAUCCUCCUUAAAAUUCAAGUUCUUGGCCGACUUCCCUACAAAACAGCAGUAUAUCGAGGCCAGUAUGAAGGACAAUCCACAACCCACCAAAUUUAAAACAAGCGAAGGACCGAUCUGGUAGUUAAUUGAGUUUGCGAAGACAAAUGUGGGAAGGAAAUACCGCACUUAAGUCGGUUGGCCACCGACACUGAGGUGAACCAUUGUUUUAGUGUAUACUAAACCGAAGAUAAUAUGACACAAAAAUAGUACACAUCACAAUCGAGUUCCUCGGAAGUGAAUAGCAGAGGAUAUUCGGAGUUGGAGCAGCCAAUCAGAGCACACCUUCCAACGCUAUUCACUGUUUUAGUAUACACUUAUCAUGACUAUCAUCUUAGCUAAUACGACCUCACUAAAUUUUAACCCUCAGGGUAGAAUGUUUUCUUUAAUUGAGAAGAGUUUACUAGAAUAGAUAAUAGCUCAAGUUACGCCUUAAUCACUGUGUGAUCACUGUUACUGCCUUAUGUAAAUAUCUGACAUUUUACACUUGGAUGUAAAGUGAAGUGAGUAAUGGAUACACAAGUCCUGUAGAUAAUCAUGUGAAGUUAGGCUUUAAAAUAUUUCUGUGAAAAGCAUUUUUUUAUUCGAAGCCCUCACUCAUGUUUUUACCAUUAACGAUACAAUGCAGCGCAGUUUUACCAAUUAUUUUACACUAAAGCUUAAUGAUGCAACUCUACAAUAGUUAUUUUACAACUAAACAACAUAUAACUGCACAAUUAUUACCCUUGUGAAAAACAACGACACAUUUAAUCAGUAGGGUUGCGCCUCAAUUCAAAAUCCAACAAUAUAUCCUGGGUCAAUUACAAUAUUCCUGCAAUUUAAAUCGACACUAGAAAUCAUUUAUCACUUCGUAAUUAUCGCUGAAUUAUUCCUUUUAUGCAUUUAAUUUCAGCUCAAGAGGGAAAACAAAAUAUUUGGUGUAUAAAAUCGUAAGGGAGCAGAAGGGCAAGGCUAUCUUGAGAGAAAAUUGCAUCCAGCUUAUUUUCACAAAUACAAACAUUUUUAAGAACGUUGCUUUUGAAGUAUGACGAUAAACGUCGCGAGGCACUAAUUUCGAAUUGAGAAAUUUAUUAUUUUUUACACAUAUCACCCUAAUUAUGCAUAGUUUAACAAAUUACAAAACCAACAGCGGAUACCAAUAUAAAGUUAUUAUCAAGUUGAGAUUUCAAAGUUACGAUCAAAAUGACUCUCGUUUCUUUGAAGUUCGUUGGCCUUAUUUGGGUUGCCUCUGGUAUUUCUUCAGUGCUCCAUGGCCAAGAUUCUAAUGUUGAAAUGUUCAAAUUUGUGAGCGGUGAACAAAUAGUCUUUUCAAAUUUCGCGGUGUAUUUGAAUAGCCUUCUAAAUGUUUCCGCCACGGAAUCACACUCCACCGAGACACCUGAAGAUUGCCAGGAUCUUUGCCUAAUCACCCCUCACUGCUUCUCUAUCAAUGUGGCUAUCCAUUCUAACUCUGAGAACCGUCGACUCUGCCAGCUGCUGUCCACUAAUAAGGAAGGACAGUCUGAGCACUUUGGACCAAACAACUAUUUCAACCACUUCACGACAGUGGUAAGUAUUUUUAUUCUUUGAAAGGAUUGUUUAAUGCAAGCUUUCUUCUUGAACACCGUCAUUUCGAGAUUUCUAGAUCCAAAACUCUGUCUUUUUUCACAUUUUGUUUUCAGAUAAAACAAAAUUAUUCAUUUUCUCUCCGUCAUUUCUCCGCCAGCAAACUUUUCAUUUUUAAAGACAGUUUCGUUUUGAUCCCACCAAGGUAAAUAGAAUUAAAAAAAUACUUUUCAAAGGAUUAAUCAUAAUAUCUCGGUGAGCGUAUUUCAGAUUUUCAAGUGUCAUCCUCUCUUGUUUGUCACUGUAAUAAUUCCUCUAUAAACCUUUUUUACAGUUCCUUUUUUGUUUUUGUUUUUAUUUUUGUACUCUACCUCUGUGUUUGGUUCUUAAUUUUUUUCAAAUUAUGUCAGCUCUUUGUAUCUAAGCUGCAUUUUGGAAUUUCCCUACUUUUUGUGGCGCCUUUUCAUCGCCUUUAAAACAUUCCUUUUAAGCCUGCGCCAUGCUUCAGUCAACCUUGUUUGCGCAGGGGAACAUGUCAUCAGCACGGCACAAGCAGCAAUUUUACCUGUGAAUGUGCCCCUGGCCUUGAAGGACAAUUCUGUGAAAUUGGUAAGGGAGCAUUUUGCCAAAUAUGUAUUUUCUUCAAUAUUUGAUUUUCAAAAGAAACGAGAGAAAAAACUCAAAAACUCAACAAUUCUGUGAAAUUGGUAAGGGAGCAUUUUGCCAAAUAUGUAUUUUCUUCAACAUUUGAUUUUCAAAAGAAACGAGAGAAAAAACUCAAAAGCAAGCAAACGAAGAAAUAAACAAACACAACUGUGAACCGAUUAAGCUUUUUCGGGAUCUGGUUCAAUAUGUAAACAUAUGGUUUUUACCCUAUCUUUACGGAGUUCUUAACUUAUUCUUUUUCAGGCGGUACAGGAUGGGUUAAACUGAACGUCCGGGGACCAGUCUGUAUUGGUGCUAAAGGAGAUGCCUUUGGGCGUGUGUCACCUCAGUUUGUAGGAUACGUUGCCGCUAUUAAACUUGUUCACGUCUCUGGCCUUUUAUAUAACUCAAGAAAUUCUCCUGGAGCGAAAUGGGGACACGCUAGAAACAAUAAACUUGGAAUCCUUAUCACUGACGACCAGAAUCAAGUCAAGCUUCCCGAAAACUUUACGGGUCCUCAAUUUUACACCAUGGCAGGCAACACAGCCAGUUCACCGGAGUUGGUGUUCCCCAAUUUUACAACGCCCAAAAUUGUCUCGACGGAUUUGGAAUUGAGAUUGUGGUAUUUGGAAGACCAUAAUGACACAUCUGAGGCUGAUAACAGGGGUGAAUCUUGUGCAGAUGUUUUCAUGUUUUACGUGUAA